UAAAGUACACGUGCAGUUUGUUACUCCCUGUAUAACAUUUAACUGUUUAAGAAAUUAUAGUUUCUAUACCGUGUAAGAAAUCGCCGACCACCUCCAAAUUCUAUUAUUACUGAAUUUAUCGGAAUUUUAGUGGCAAUAUAAAAUAUCAUUUUCAGAAGAAAGUCAAAACUAUUGAACUUUUGGACGAUAUCUGAUAAAUGAACUGAUUUUUGAUAAAACAGAGGACACUCACCAGAAAUAAAUGUUAAGAUUGAUAUUCACUUCGCAAAAUGCACGUGCCAUCUAAAGAAGUUGAAGGCUUCGAUCGAUGUGUGACGAUGCCUACAUUUUGUUCACGUGGUGAUGGAAGUCACAUUCAACUAUUUACCGCAUCCCGUUACUUGCGUCUUCCAGCACCGCAAAACCGGCAGGCGAUCAUCAAAAUAAUGUACAAUUAUUGGCCCACUUCGAUUCGUCCAACUCUGGUUGACUCGAGUUAAAAGAUCAGUGAUAAUGCGCAUGUGCGUACCUUUAAUUUCCAAAUCGAAGUCAAAACUCUUCCAUCGAGUUAACUAUCAAAAUGUUUCGUAGGGGACUAGGACAGCUGACACUUGAAAAUCACCCAUGGAAAGUGGUUUUGUUACCGUUGCUGUGCUACAUGCAUGUACCCGUUUGCCAGUGCUAUCCUUUUUUAAAAUUAUGGUGCUUUGUAGGACCCCUCCUAAAAUCUUAAUCACAAGAUCAAACUGAAAGAACUAAGAGAGAAUCAAUGGAAAAUAUUAUAGUUUGAUUGUGUGUGUGUUUUUUUUUUUUUUUUUUUUUUUUUUCUUUAUUUUUUGUGGUACUUUUGUUUUACACUGUAUAUAGUAUGUUUAAUAUAAUUUCCUUAAAAGUCCAUGUUGAGGUUGUCGAAAUGGGCGCAUUGGUUAUAUUGUAUAAAAAAAGAAAAGGGAAAAUGCAGAUAAAAGAAAAAUAACGCCUUUGAAGCGGUUUUCCAAUACUUCACGUUUUGUGAUAAAAAUAAAGUAAAUUUUUCCCUUUUCUAUUUUUAGUUAAUUCAAAAAUAACACAUGUGCAAUGGUAACUACUCCUUGAAGUCCUUAUGACGCACAUAUGAUAUGACUUGAUAAACCUCUGAGUGACAAAGUGAUCUGGUAGGUAGGCUGGCGAAAAAAUUGUCCACAUUCUAGUAUAUAAACAGCACAAGCAUAUGUUUUAUCUUCCUGGUGAAUUUUCUGAAAAUGACAUUGCAAUGCAUGUGUCCUUGCAUGCAUAAGUUGAAUAGUGGUACAUAUAAAUGAAUUGAAUUGCAAAGUAUGACCUUGAACAAUUGAAAGUUUGAACUUUUUAAGACUUAGUUGAUUUAAUUUUAAGUAAUUUAACAUGGAUUUUUAGUUAGUGCUGGUGGUGGAGAGUAGUGUGUCAAUGAAUGUGAAUACUUAUGAAUAGAAUGAAUGACAUAGCAAAGGCAUGGUUCAGUAGAAAUGAUCUACCAGGCACAUACAGGAAUGGAAGUCUGAGUUUUACUGGAAACGUUGGAGACUUUUUUAAUCAAAAUACACGAAGUGAAACAGAUAGUAGUAGGACUACAACAUUAAACAGUUCUCACAACUCGAGACGAGGACCUAAAUAUCCACAAUACUCAAUUACAUGUAUAAGAUUGUCAACAUUUCAAUCAUGGCCAACCAGUAUACAACAACAUCCAGAAACUAUGGCAGAGGCUGGGUUUUACUAUACAGGCAACAAUGAUCAUGUGAGAUGUUUUCACUGUGGUAUUGGACUACAGAAUUGGGACUCUGAGGACAAUCCUUUUGUAGAACAUGCUAGGUGGUCCCAAGAAUGCCAGUUUCUCAAGGACAAGAAAGGCUUGGAUUUCAUUGCAACAGUACAAGAUGCUGUCAGAAGAGUACAACUGGAGGAGGCCUUGAAUACAGAUGGCAUAGCACAAACUUUCGAUAGUCACAAUAGUGACUGUGAAGAAGAUGGAAUUGCUAGAUCAGAGGACAAAGGCAGAGAUUUUUUACCAAGUGGGAAACCUCCUAAAAAAGCAGAGAAGAAAAACCCUUUGCUGACAGAUGCAGCUCAGAGUAUACUAACAAUGGGAUAUUUACCAAAAGUUAUUAGAAUAGUUAUUGAUAGAGUUUUGAAAGAGAAAGGCUGGAAUGGAAUGUCAGCGAGGAAUUUAAUGGAAGAGAUUAACAAAAUAGAAGAGAGUGGUGAAAUAGCAAAGUCAGAAUUAAUUGUACCGAUAAGUUCUAAGCUUAAACAUUCUGUAGUAAGCAUGAAGAGUAGAAAAAUUCUUUCGAAAGAUAAUGUAAAGAAAAUAGCAGAGGAAAACAAAGAAAUGAAAGAACAGACACAGUGCAAGAUUUGUUGUGAAAUGCCUGUAUCUAUUGUGAUUUUACCCUGUGGUCAUUUAUCGUCCUGUUCCCAAUGUGCCCCAGCCCUGAAAUCAUGUCCAGUAUGUAGGUCAGAAAUCAAAGGUUCGGUCAAAGUCCAGUUUAAAUAACCAAGUCAUGUAGUAGCAUAUCUGCCAUUAAUGUUUUUGGAAUCUUGGUAAUAUACUUAUAAAUCAUUACUGUGUAUUUACUUAUUUAAAAAAUGUGUCAAAUAUAAGAAAUAACUAUGUGUAUGAUUAAAGAAAUGAUUUUUAUGUUCUUUAUAACAUGGUAUUAAUAUUGGAUUGUUUGUUUGUUUAUUUACUGUGAGUAACUGGUGUUUUUUAUAUAUAUUUUGCAGCUGUAUAUAUGUUUAUCAUUCAUUAUUAUUGAUAUUUGCAUCUAUAUAUGUUUAUUAUAUGGUUAUCUCAGAUAUUCCUAUAGUUUUGAUGUUGCCAAAAAAUGUCUGACACCUCAGUGCAAAUUGCUGAAUGACAACAAUAGUUUUAAUGUCAUAGACUUCUUUGAUUUGACAUGACCUUCAUAAAAUUUGCUGAAACACAUAAUUAUGCACCAUGCCAAAAUAAGUUUUAAUUUUGAUACGCUUGCAGCAAUGCUUUAAUAUGAACUGAUGUAAUAGAUAAUAAUAAUAAUAUAUAUUCACUACUGUGUUAUUUGCCUUACAAAUUGAGUUGAAUCUUUGAAAUGAUCAUUGUGAUGCAUCUAACAAGUAACUAGUAUCGAUAAUUUUAACCAGAAUCCAGAUUGAUGCAAAGAUUUUGAAGGCGAUUAGCCAUAAAGCAAACGUUUCUAUGCACUGAAGAUCAUUUUCAGCUUGAAAUUCAAAACAUCUUAUGUAGUGUAGACUGAUCAUUUCAAAUACGGGUAUGUUUUGAAUGCAGCCAUAUUUGUCACCUUUUAACUGGGAAUUUACUUAUCACUGCACACUGGAAAAUCCUGCUCUUAUGUAGAAAAUGAUGACAAUUUCUUGUUAUUAAAAAGCAGUAGAUACAUUUGAACUGUUUCAUGAGAAUUGACAGUCUGACAAGUCCAACCACCAGAAAAAAAAACAUUAUUAUUAUGAUGGGCCUACAGUUGUUAAAUUUGACAAAUUGUAGUCAAAUGUUUGUUCAUUUACACAAUAUUGAGUAUGAAUUUUAAUACUGUCAUGAUUAAUUGCUUUUUACAUCCCUUGAUUUAUUGCACUUCCUACAUUGUUAAUAAAAACAUAUAAAUUUUCAGAACACUUGACAGUCACUUUCAGAAAUAUUAAAAACAAGAAAGAAAGUUAGGCAAGCUGAAUCCUCAUUUUCAAAAAUCUUUUUAUCAUUAGACCAAUUAAAAUGUUAAGCUAAAAAUGUGUCUGCACUCAUCAUCUUAGUCUGUUUUCAAAUUAACAAAAUAACUAACCAGGAACAGUUUUAAAGAUUAGAAAAAGAAAGAAAAAUGAAUAUGAAAAAUUAUAUUUUAUAGAUCUAAAGUAAAGUUCUGUCCUCAUCUUUUUCAUCCAAGCUUUACUUUGGUGUACAGUAAUAUAUUUUUAGUUGCCACCAAUCAUAUUCGUGAAAAUAUCAGAAAAGAGAUAUGUAUGGUUUUGAAUACAGUAACUGAAAUAUUUACUAUUAGCACAGUAUAAACAAAAUGCGUUCUCAUUCAUCAUGUGUAUAUAUGUGACUAUUUUUUGAUUGCCAUGUGAUGUGUAUAGAUAUCAUUGAAGUUUGUCUUGUGCUGUAUGAACAUGGACUUAAUGGCUGUUUAAUUAGGAAAUAACAAGAUUGUUGUCUCCCAGCAUUUUCUUAAGCAAUACUUAGUACCUCAGUAAUAACAAACUUGCUACUCACUCUUAUAAGUAGUCAAUCAAUGUUUAGUAUUGAUCCGACUACGCAAACAUUUCAUAGGUAGUAAAUGUCGUUGAAUAUCCCAUUUGUAGUAUAGAAUUCAUACUAUUUUCAUGUACUUGUACCCUUUUCAAGUGUAGAAAAGUAAUGAUAUCAAAAAUUGAAUAUAUUAUUGUUUGCCUACAUUUUUACAGUUUAUUCAAUAUAGAGCAUUCUAAAGUCUUCUUCAUAUUGAAGAGACACCAGUCUAUUGUUGCAUAACUUAUUUGGAACCCUAACUGUAAUUUGUACAUGUAGGUAGGUUGUUGUCUUAUUGAAAUAUACCAAACAUCGUUUGCUAGUAUAAUGUUGUAUAUUGUUGUAUUAUAUAUUCUUAGCACAAAAUAAUUUCAUAUGAUUGCCCAUUUGUCUGCAAAGGAUAAUUGUAUUGGAAACCAAGUUGUGCAUCUGAUAAUUUACUGAUUAUGUCCUUUUCCCCAAUCUUGAAAUUAUAACUAAAUCUGGAUACAUGUGUCAGGGGAUACUUACCCUAUCAAUGCGUCUUUUUUUCGCUUCAAUGUGGAGUUCAUAUGAUCCCCAUCGAUUUUAAUUCUUGAUUGGUAGAUUCCAACUAGAGCUAUGAGUUAAAUUAAGAUAACGUAAUUUUGUCAUUUUUUUAAAACCUUAUGUCUUUAUUAUUGAAUGUGAUUUUUUUUUGCUCACACAGUGUUCUCCCAAAUAUUUCUGAUAGCUCUGUAAAAUGUAAGCAUGUGAUAUGUGCCACUUACAAUUUACUCUGCCAUUAUAUGAAUAUGAUUUUUUUAAAAUAUAUUUAUAGAAUUAAAAGAAAUGCAUUUAUUGAUUUUAUCAGUAUUAGAAAUUUUUGAUUUAUAUAAUAUUUUUUGUGGUUAUGAAUAAUUAUUAAAAAAUUAUACCGGUAAGUGCAAUAAUAUAAAUCUCACCAUUCCUGUAAAUUUAUAUUCAUAUGAUUAAAACUUUUAGUGUACAUAUUGUAUUGAAAUGUUACAUAUAGCUUUGUAGCUAUUUUAUAUCAUUAUUCCAAAGAUUCGAAAGAAACAUUAAUGGCAGAUAAAUAGUGAAGAAAUAUUGGGAAACCAUAUUAUUCACAACUUGUAUCAGAUAAGUCAGGAUGUGUAGAGAAAUUUUGAAAUGAUGCUAAUAGUAUCAUGGUUUUCUUAUCACACCAAGUUAACUGGUACAAGCCAUCACCGAUGUGUUCAUGUCAUAACUAGUCUUGUAAUGCCUAUGAUGGCUUCCAGGUAGGACAGCCUGAUUUUUACUUGAUUUUUUACAAGUUUUGUGUACAUUUGUUUAACUUACCUUUACAUAAGUUUUGAGUAUUUUAAUUUCAAACGGGUAUAAAAUGUAAAUAUGUUAUUUUCAAGUUGAUAUUAAUUUAUUAUUUUACGAAUCAGUUUUUAUUUAAAAGCUCAUGUUCAUUAGACAAGGAAGGUGGUGCUCUUAUAAUUUCCAUAUUUAUUUGGCGUUUGUUUCCCUUAUUUAUAAAAAAAAAUAAAAAUCACAAAAAUACUGAACUCCGAGGAAAAUUCAAUCGGAAAGUCCCUAAGGUAACUAAAAAUGUGUUUCUUCAAUAUCCUUAUAAUAUCAUCCUUGGUGCAAAAAAAUCUUGUUCCAUUCCUGUUUUACAUUUUUUCUAUAGAAGUUUUUUUUAUUCUGACUGACGUUGAUUAUGACUCCUUAUCGUUUUAUUUUUUUUAAUAGGCAUUGAAAUAAAAUCUGAUAAAAGUAGGUUCUACAAUAUAUUCAAAAGGAUAAUUAUUUGUAGAGUUCUGAAUGCAUAUUCAUAUGUACAGAUAAACAGUGUUGGUGGAAGUUGUCCAUUAUCCCUCAAUAAAAUCUUUAACACUACAUCAUACAUUUGACCAAUUAUAUAGCAAACUGUUACCAAGACUCUAUUUUCAAUUUUGUCAGUUUAAAACUGUGGUCAAACCAUAAUAUAAAAAUAUUAUCAAACCAUAAUAAAAACAUUAAAACAAACCAUUAUAUAAGAAUGUGGUCAAACCAUAAUAUAAAAUGUGGUCAAAUCCUAUAUCAAAUGCCAGCAUACACAUUGGUCAGAUAGUAGCGUACAAACUGGUGAAAUAUAAGCAUACAAUCGGUCAAAUAGUAGCAUACAAAUGUGGCCAAAAUUUAGUUAGUUACAAAUAUGAUCAGAAUGUUAUUGAAAGAAUGUUAAAGUUGUCCAGUAAACAACAUGUAUUGCACAAACUUGUUUUCAAAUCGUCAAAAAUUAUCCAGAAAAGGUUCUGACAUGAAUACACAUAGCUACUACAUGUUUUGAUUAUCACAGAAAAAUAUUUAUUUCAGGAGUAUAUAUCCGGCAUAAUGGUAAGCAUUUAUAUCAGCCUAGAAAAUCACUGACCUUGAUAGCCUUUGCACAAUAUCAACCUUACAUCAAGGUUACUUUUUACAAAUAUGGUCUUUUUAUAUAUAUAAUCAGAAAAAGAAACAAGAGUUUUCAACAUUUAUUUUCAUCAUCUUAUAUUGUUUCUAGUGUACCCAUUACAUUACACACAAAAUAAAAGAUUUUAUCUUAUGCUCAAAUAAUUUUUUUUUAUAUUUUGAAUCUUAAAAUGUGGAAUGAAAAACAAGUCUUUCUGGAUGACGUGAGGCUGAGUUUUAUUCAUUCGUUGAGUUAAUAAAUGUCCUUUAUAAUUUGAA